GCUUCCCUCUCUCUCUCUUUCUCUCUCUCUCUCUUUCCCUCUUCUCCCAAACAAAAACUGCGAACUCAAAAAUUUUUUCUUUUUUGAUUUCCCUUCUUUUCCACUCCUCUAAACCAAUUAUUUCCCUAAAUAGUUUCUUUGUUUUUUUAGCUUCAAAGUUAUCUUCCUGCUAAAAAAAAAAAAAAAAGAAACUGCUUCUCUGCCUCUUAAAUGCUGCUCUAUUCUUGGGGUGGAACUGCUCCCUUACUCCGAGGAAAUCCUCCAAAUUUGUGAAUUCCAAUGUUCUUUCUUCUUGUUUCAGAGAUUACGCAUUUCAGUAAGUUCUAAGCUUUAAUGUUGGAUCUGAAGAUUAUUUCUUUUUUGCCCCUCCAGAUUCAUCUUGUCCCCAGUUUUCUCACUUGUUGGGUCUUUUUUUGUUUUUCGAGCCUCGGGUUUAAGUAGCCUAAUGGAGCUUUAUUAGCUAAAGGCAUUACUGGGUAUUGAGAGAAUUCUGCAUGCUUCCAGGAAACAAGCAAGGCCUGCAGGCAUUACAUUUUCACAUACCCAGUGCAAAACAACUUCCAUGGAGUUCUUCCUGGCUUCAGUUUUUCAUUUCUUUCUUGUUCUAGUUACUAUUAUUCCUCUAGCUCAUGCGGACCUGAAUUCAGAUAAGCAGGCCCUUCUCAGCUUUUCUGCUGCUGUACCCCACUAUCGGUUACUCAACUGGAACCCUGCGUCAUCAGUCUGCAGCUCUUGGACAGGUAUUACUUGCAAUCCAAAUCGCACUCGUGUGAUUGAGCUCCGACUACCUGGGGUAGGGCUUUUUGGUCAUAUCCCAGCCAACACACUUGGUAAACUUGAUGCUCUUAGGGUUCUAAGUCUCCGAUCCAAUCUGCUCAAUGGUAAUCUUCCAUCUGACAUUUCCUCUCUUCCAUCACUCCAGUUCCUUUACCUCCAACACAAUAACUUUUCUGGUACAAUUCCCACCUCCUUUUCAUCACAACUCAAUGUACUGGAUCUCUCAUUUAAUUUUUUCUCGGGCAACAUUCCUGAAUCAAUUGCGAAUUUGACACAACUCACUGGUUUAGGCCUCCAGAACAACACCCUUUCUGGACCCAUUCCUGAUCUUAACCAAACUAGGCUCAGGCAUUUGAAUUUAAGCUACAAUCACCUUAAUGGCUCUAUCCCAUUAUCCCUUCAAAAGCUCCCAAAAUCAUCCUUCAUUGGAAACUCUUUAUUAUGUGGACUUCCUCUUAAACCUUGCUCCCCCAUUCUUCCUCCACCUUCGCCCUCUCCAGCUUUUGGUCCUCAGCCAGCAAUUCCUCGUAAACAAGGUUCAAAAGCAAAACUGUCAACGGGAGCUAUCAUUGCUAUUGCUGUUGGAGGGUUUGCAGUGCUGUUUCUUCUUGUUUUAAUUAUUUUGUGCUGCCGUUUGAAGAAAAAGGAUGAUGGAGGCAGUAGCGUGUUGAAAGGGAAGGCUGUUAGUGGUGGGAUGGGUGAAAAGCCCAAAGAGGAGUUUGGGAGUGGAGUGCAAGAACCUGAGAAAAACAAGUUGGUGUUCUUCGAAGGCUGCUCUUACAAUUUUGAUCUUGAGGAUUUAUUAAGGGCUUCUGCUGAAGUGCUAGGAAAGGGUAGUUAUGGCACCGCUUAUAAGGCUGUCCUGGAGGAAUCAACGACUGUGGUAGUGAAAAGGUUAAAGGAAGUAGUGGUUGGAAAGAGGGACUUUGAACAGCAGAUGGAGACUGUGGGAAGAGUUGGGCAGCACCCAAAUGUCAUGCCACUCCGUGCUUAUUAUUACUCAAAGGAUGAGAAGCUUCUAGUGUAUGACUAUAUCUCCAGUGGCAGCUUAUCCACACUUUUGCACGGAAAUAGGCAGGCUGGCAGAACUCCACUAGGUUGGGACAGUAGAGUAAAGAUUCUUCUUGGAACUGCACGGGGCAUUGCUCACCUGCAUUCUGUGGGUGGUCCAAAAUUCCCUCAUGGAAACAUAAAGUCCUCAAAUGUCCUACUUAACCAAAAUCAAGAUGGGUGCAUCUCUGAUUUCGGACUGACCCCACUAAUGAAUAUUCCUGCAACUCCAUCUCGGAGUGCAGGCUAUCGUGCUCCGGAAGUAAUUGAAACUCGAAAAUACACUCAUAAAUCAGAUGUUUACAGCUUUGGUGUCAUCCUGCUAGAGAUGCUGACUGGAAAAGCUCCUCUCCAAUCUCCAGGACGAGAUGACAUGGUUGAUCUCCCUCGAUGGGUUCAAUCGGUUAUAAGGGAGGAAUGGACAGCUGAGGUUUUCGAUGUUGAGCUAAUGAGAUACCAAAAUAUUGAGGAAGAAAUGGUUCAGAUGUUGCAAAUUGGGAUAGCCUGUGUAGCAAAGGUGCCAGACAUGCGACCAAACAUGGAUGAAGUUGUCCGGAUGAUCGAAGAAAUACGGCAGUCUGACUUGGAGAACCGACCAUCUUCUGAAGAGAACAAAUCAAAGGACUCAAAUGCGCAGACUCCAUGAUUGCCCAAAAGUUGCUGUGUGAUUUCAAGAUCAAGAUUUCCAAUGAGCACAUGCCUAGUAAGGCUUUCCCAAGCAUUGUUCUCAAAGCCUUGUGUGCAUGUGUGGUUUCUUAGUGUGAAUUUCUCCAAAAUUUUUUCAGUUCAAUUUUUCUCAGAUUUGUAGUUUAUUAUUAUUUUUUGGGUUCAUUUCCAUUUAUGGUUUAGGGUUUCUCCUAAUUUGUUGUAAUAUUUAAUUCAACAUUAUGAAUGAAUUGAUAACCAUGAAUCAAUAACUUUUCAAAUAUUCCCUGCC